AUGCGAAGUGCGGAAUAUGCCAGAAAAAAAUGCUUUGUCGUCCAUGAAGAAAUUGAUGAUAAUUCGUUCAAUCUAAGUAAUAUAGAGGAGAAAACUAAGUGCGGCGUAUGUUCUAAAGAAGUUCCCGCUGGCGGUUGGAUAAAACAUAUUCAAUUGGCACAUAACUACCUCGCGUGGAGAGAAGGGGACAAACCUAUAGAAUUGGAAAACAAAGAUAAUGUAAAAGAGUAUUUGAACAAUCUCCUGAGAACGAUACCAAAUUUGGUGUGCGCUAAAUGUGGUUUUAGCAGAAGGUUUGCUACACGAUAUAUUGAACACAUGGAGACUUGCGACGGAGUUCCUGCCAAUAAUUUAUGUGAAGAUAGAAAGUCUUUGCUUUGCAAAAAUGAAGGCUUAUACGAAUGUGCAAUUUGUCACGAAAAUAUUUUACCAAAUAAGUGGAAAAGUCACGCAAUGGAUAAACAUUAUAACGUUGCUUGGGUUGUUGGUGAUAUACCUAUUGAUCUAAAAAGUCCAUAUGGAGCAGAAAAAUAUUUAAAGGAAUAUAAACAAAUAAAAAAGAAUUUAGUAUGCAACACUUGUGGCGAAACAAGAGCGUCUCUCGUAGGGUUCUUUGUUCAUGUCGUAGCUUGCGGAAAAACAGACCAGGAAACCGAAAUGUAUAAAGAUGAUUGUACAAUAUGCGGCAAUAAGUACUUUAGUGUGUAUCGCAGUAGCCACUUUGCAAUGCACAGGGAAAAAGAGUUGACAAAAGAACGACAGUUAGAAAGACUGAGACAAAAAAUGAGUGAGCCGGAGAUAGAGGAACAACGGGAAGACGAGCCCAUGGUUGGCCGUAGAAAAGCUGCGGAGAAGGCCAAUAAUGUGAUAAAAAAUUAUCAGACAGCAGUGGCAGAAAUCGUUUACGAUUAUAAAUGCGAAAAAUGUAAUUUUGGAACGGAUGCGUUGAAGCGAUUCCAGAAACAUAAGUGUGAUGAAGACAUAGGUUCUAAUUCUGAGGUAUCUGAAGAAGAGUCCUCUGAAUUUUCUGAGGAUGAAAUUCCCGAUGAUGAAGAAGAUAAAGUGGAACGGCGAAGAGACUCAAUAAUUGUACCACAAUGGUUGCCAUUUAAACUGCUAAAUUGGAGGCCAUAUUACGAUAAAUUACUGAGAGAUUUCCGCAAAACCCAUUGCAAUACCUACGGUAUUUUAUUUCCUGAAUGGCGUAUAUCGCAAUAUGAUUUUAUAACAGACGACCAUGUUAAUGAAUAUAUGCCUAAAUUAACAAAAUCUUGCAACGUUAAGGUUGAUGGCAGAUGGAAUGUCUAUAAUAAGUUUGAAGGAUUCAAUACUAAUAGAGUGAAUAGUUUCUUCGUGGGAGGCAGUAUUCAAUACAUAUGUUGGGCCCCGGCUCGGCUCGGACUCGAUGAGGACGAGCACAGUUAUCUUGCAAUAAGCGUCCAUCUAGGCGGCGACGUGCCAAGACACGACCAUGAAGAUGCACCGAUGCAUCCAGCGCUCAUACAAAUCUGGGAUUUCAUUAAUUUGAGAAGUGAUACACCGAGAUUAGCUCUUGGAAUUAGUCACGAUUAUGGUACCGUAUGGAGUAUGGAUUGGUGUCCCUCUGGUGCUCGAGAUAUAUUUGAUGAAAAUUCAGGAAACAAAACGUGGGUGAGAUUGGGACUUCUCGCUGUUGCUUGUUCCAAUGGUUCAGCAUACAUAUUUUCUGUGCCAUAUCCUGAUUCUAUUACAACCGGCUCAAAUAAUGUGUUUGUAAAUUUAAAACCCGUAGCAGAACUUAAAAUUUGUAGUCUCAAUUCAGAUAGGAAAAAAUUUCAAGCUACUGCCAUCACAUGGUCAAAGAGAACUGGUCAUAGUGAUGUAGUGGUCGGAUACGCAGACGGAUCUAUCGCUCGGUAUGAUUUGACAACUGAGUCACCCUUUUUGAAGAUCACAGAAGAUGAUAUGACCGUAUUUUAUCCCUACCACGACGAGCGGUCGCUUAACUCUUGUGUGACAGACGUGGACUCGUUCCCUGGCAUAGGUGCUUCUCUCGACGCGGUAUGCGGUUCGUGUCCAACAGGUGCGAUAUUAACUAGCGGCGCGGUGCGGCCGACUCGUGUGACAUCACACGUGCCUGCCGUUCUAGCCACCUUCACGCAAGCCUGGCCUACUGUUAUGCUUGCCGGCGACGAUGGACUAGUCGGUCAGUCUGCUAGCGAGUUGGAAUGGCAUGGUACCGAGCGACGAUUGGGCGCGACGUCCAGGACGGCGGGCUGCCACAUAUGCGGCCGCGUAUUGAUACUCACACCGCCGUUGCUGCGGACCACUACACUCUUCCCCCUCUAUUACGACACCAACAAAGCGAUCGUGGCAUCGGUUAAUAUCGUGCACAUUGAAUCCAAAGACAAUAAAAGAAAACAGAAAAACGACGAGCUAUCUGUAACAAUGGAGCCCACUACAUACGAUAAUGCUAUCAAUAAAUAUGGGAUAGAAUUUAAACUAUUGAAAAGGACUUUCAAGGCUUCCACCGCUCCCAGAGAAUCAUUUCCUGAACGUUUCCCUCUAGCAGAUGUUACAUCUAUGGCAUACUGUCCAACCAAAACGUAUCACGAGUGGGCCGCAGUGGCGACGCACAGCGGCGUUGUUUUCAUCUUCAAAGCUGCAUGAUAUUUUAUCCUUUGCAUUUUUUGUGGUCCUGUUAGACAUAUAGGUACGAUUUCAGUACACUAAGCACGUAAAGUUAUACGUAAAAAAAUUGUAUUUACAUUUACAUAGCGUCAUCUACCUCCGAAACGAGAACUAAGACAUCCAAUACAUUUGACAUUUGUGUUCGACACAAAUGCUAUUCGCAAUAGUGAUUUUUUUACGAAUAUACUUGCUAUUUUUUGUACAAUAAACAUUGUUUGUCUAUACAUAAGUGUAUUAUAUCAGUCUUUAAUAUCGAUAGUAUAAGCAUUGUGUAGUUGACGAUUGUAUAUAUUGUUUAUAUAAACUAAUAUAUAUAAAUAAGUAUUUUUACAAUUUGGCUAAACAUGUUUAUUGUAAAUAUCAAUUACGAAAUUUACGAUUGUAAACAAACUUUAUAAUUUUUAACCAUUCAAAUCUUAAAUUAAAUAAUAACAUUGAUUAUAGAAAUCAUGUUUUUUUUACAAUUUCUCAUGUUUUUAGUUAACAUUGUUUCAUCACAACUUUAAAAUUGCAUUUAUAUUUAAGAUAAAACUUGCUUACUUAAUAUAUAUGUUUAGCAUUUACAAUUGUCAUAUUAUAAUAAUUUAAAUAAAUAAAAAAAUAUGUUACUUGAUGUCUAGUUAACGCCUAUCAGUGAAUGAUUCAUUGGAUAAUAUACUUUUUAACGAAACCUGUAUUAGUCGCAAAAGGGAGGGUGCCCUGCAAUAUGUAGAGAGAGGAUUUAUUAAACAAAUAAAAUAGUAUAUGGUCUUUUUGUGCUUACAAGUCAUGGAUGGUAGAUCGAAUGGUAAUGUAAGAAUCUUUUUUAAUAUAUAAGUAAAGUGGAGAUUAUCUUUUAUAAUGUGAUAAGUUAAUAUUUUGUUGUUUUUGUUGAAAAAUAUUAAUUUAAAUUGUAGUAGUUACGUUUUGUAUUAAGAUAAGAAUUUAGUUAUGGAAUUGUGGAAUUAAAAUGACAGUUUUUACUUGCCAAGAAAGUUAUAGUUAUUAUUUUGUACAUAUGUACAUUUUUGUAUAUUUUAAUUGUUUAAAUAAAUAUACUGACAUAAUUCUGCGCAUUAUAGAACAUCUGAUUGUAAGUGUAAGGCAUACGAUUGAGGCUCUUUAAUUCAUAUUUAAUAAGCUUAUAACAGUUUGGAUUAAUUAAAAAAUAUUUGUAGUUAUAACUUUUUAAUGUCAUGAGCGUUGGAUUUAAAAAAAGUAAUAUAUAUUUUCAAUACACCAUCACUAAACUUUAUCACCCAUCGGCUAAUAAUAAUGUUAUUGUUUGAGUACAGCACGGUAGCGGAAAAGAAAGAAUUUUGUACAGGUUAUCGUAAACAUUUAAUCUGGUAGCUGCAUCU